UAGUACGAGUAUAUGUUUUUUGAAUAAAUUUGGCCCCACCUCAAUGCCGAUCCGCCCUGCGAUAACUAACUUUGAAAUUAAAAAGUACUCCAUUUGCGAUAUGCAGAGUUUACACGAGAAAGGCCGCGAGCUAGAGUAUUCUUACAUUUCACCUCCUAGAAAGCUUCUCUCCUCCUCCCAGUUAGAAACAGAUGACGCAACAUAGAACACUCACUGACAAUGCAAGAGAGAUAGCACAAUUUUAUUGAAAAGCUAAAUCUCAUCAGUAUAGUUCAAAUUUUUUGAACGAGCAGCCAGCGGGGUGGUCCAAAAAACAAGAACAAAGCCAGCCUGACCGGCCAUGUGCAUUGUCAAGAUUCUCCGCUUCUCAUCUCGUAGUUCAAUGUUGUCUCCCUCCCCACCCUUCGCAUAUAUCCAAAAGCAGAGCUAUGUUAAUGUGUACAUGAAGUGGAAGCAAGAUAUAUAUUUGGAAUCAAUUGAGUCGGUUCACAAAUCCAUUGAACUAAGGCCCAUAAUCGCCCUCAAGAACUACAUAGUGUCUGCCUCACCUCAAGAGUAUUCCAUCCCCAUUUCUUCCGUUUCCAAGAAGGGCUUACAGUUUGGAGUGCGCAUUAAGGUUGCCAGGUUCUUGAGACAAUACCCUUCUGUUUUUGAGGAGUUUACUGGCCCCAAACACCACCUUCCCUGGUUCAGACUGACCCAAAGAGCCAUUGAGAUCCACAAAGAGGAAAGAGAUGUUUACAGAGAGUUUAAGGGUGAUCUUGUAUUGAGGUUGAAGAAGUUGAUCUUGAUGAGUUGUGUUGGUUUCGGUGAGAAAAAGGUCCUUCCUUUGAAGAUUAUUCAGGGUAUGCAGUGGUAUCUGGGACUGCCUGAUGAAUUCUUGACAGAACCCGAAAAGAAUCUUAACAGAUUGUUUGAGGUUGUGGAAAUGGGAGAUGGUCUGAAAGGAUUGGCAUUAAACUGCAAUGGGAAUGAAAUGGUAUUGACUGUGCUGCAAAAGAAUGCAAUAAAAAGAGGUGAAGGAAAAGAAACCAUUUCGUUCCCCAUAUUUCCGUCUAAAGGAUUGAGGUUGAGGAGGAAGAUUAUAGAUUGGUGGGAUGAGUUUCAGAAGCUUCCUUAUGUUUCUCCAUACAAAAACUACUCAACAUCAUGUAUAAGACCCGAUAGCGAUGAAGCCGAGAAGCGGGUGGUGGGAUUGCUUCAUGAAUUGCUAUGCUUGUUUGUGGAGCAUUCUGCUGAAAGGAGAAAGCUUUUGUGCCUAAGGAAAUACUUGGGUCUCCCACAGAAGGUUCACAAGGCGUUUGAGAGACACACUCACAUUUUCUAUCUGUCUUUAAAGAACAAAACGUGCACGGCAAUACUAAAGGAGGCUUACUGUGACAAAGGGGCUAUAGAGGCACAUCCUCUAGCAAAGGUGAGGAAGAAGUACAUCGGUUUGGUUAAAGAAUCUGCCUCUAUUUUGAAAACUAGAAGGUCUAACAAGACAGCACAUACUGGGAGUGUGAGUGUAAAUCAAAUAGAUUGUGUAGAUGAUGAUGAGAUUGAGAAGACUGAAAGUUUUGAAGCUCAUGAAGCUUCGUAGCUAGUGAAUUUACAAGAUACUCCCUCCGUCCCUUAAAAUUUUGUCAACUUUCCUUUUUUGGAUGUCUCACUAACUUAGCCAUUUUCCUUUUUAAGUAAAAAAUUUGUGGUUUCGGUUAAUUCUCUCCUCUACACAACUCUCAACCACAUAGUUUUCACUUUAUUAAUACUUAUGCCGAUCAAACUUGGCAAAGUUUUAAGGGACGGAAGGAGUAGAAGUUAGUUAUUGUGCAAAAGUGUGGUAAAGUUCCUUGCCUGUAAUUUACCAGAACUCAGACCAUUCAGAUGCACUCAUGCACAAUCUUGUAGCAAUUUUGUAGUUUAUUCCAUGUUCUCAAUCAGUGAAAUGUGGUAAAGUUCCUUGCCUAUAAUUU